AUGAGCAGUCUAUCAUUUUCAUCACCACUACUACCACUACCCAGGCGGCCACUCGCGCGCUGGGCCUCAGUCUCCCUUCGUCGCCGCCCCACGCUUGCCCGGCCAUUCUCGGCCUCGGCUCCGUUGAACGAGAUUCGAGAUGUGGCCGCCCUUCCGGACAGGAUCAGCCCGCUGUACCACGAGACCUCGGUAGGCCUGCUCAACCUUCACUGGCAGCAGCCCCCGCGGAACAUCCUCCUCAUCCCCAAGCUGCACGCCCCAAAGGUCGUCCAGGAUGCAGUCCGCUUCGCACAGCACCUGCACGACAACUACCCGGACAUCAACAUUGUCUUCGAGAACCGAAUCGCCGCCCGCAUCCACAACCACCUGCCCUUCCCAAUAUAUACCCCCUCCCGCAGCGACCCCGCCACCCACUUCCCCAACAAGAUCGACCUGGUCACCACCCUCGGCGGCGAUGGCACCAUCCUGCGCGCCGCCAGCCUCUUCUCCCUCAACCCGACCGUGCCCCCCAUCCUGUCCUUCAGCAUGGGCACUCUUGGCUUCCUGGGCGAGUGGAAGUUCGCCGAGUACAGGGACGCCUGGACCAGAGUCUACACCAGCGGCAUCGCCACCGGCGCCGCCCGCCCAAAGAUCCUCUUGCGCCACCGUCUCAAGGUCGGCGUCUACGACGACGAGGGCAAGAACAUCAACGGCCUGUUGAUGCCCACCUCCACUGCCGAGGCCCACCAGAGGCUGCGACUCAUGCCCUUGAGUGCCGAGCAAGAGGCCGCCCUGGGCAACCCCAAUUGGGUCCCGCCCGUCAAGGUGCCCCCAACUUUCCACGCUGUCAACGAACUGUUGCUCCACCGCGGUGGCCAGCCUCACCUCGCCAUGAUCGAUGUGUACGUCAACAACCACUUUCUGACCGAGGCAAUCUGUGACGGCAUCCUCGUCAGCACCCCAACAGGUUCCACUGCCUAUUCUCUCAGCGCCGGCGGCGCCAUCGUCCAUCCUCUGGUAGGCUCGCUCCUUAUCACCCCGAUCUGUCCGCGCAGCCUAAGCUUCAGGCCGCUGGUCCUUCCACUGGACACCAAGGUCGUCCUCCGGCUCAGCGAGCGGAACCGAGGCCGCGAGCUCGAGGUCAGUAUCGAUGGCAAGAGGCGGGCCGGUGCGAGCCCGGGUAUGGAGAUCCGGAUCCAGGGCGAGACAAUCACCAAGGGAGAGGACGGGAACUGGCUGGGCGGCGUACCCUGCGUGAUCAGAGACCUGCACAAGGGGCAGCAGCCGUCGUCUGACGGCGAGGAUGAUGACGACGACGACGACGGAUGGGUUGGUGGCUUGAAUGGUCUUCUGAAAUUUAACUAUCCGUUUGGUAAUCCAGACGGAUGA